GGCGCGCAUGAGCAGAAAAGCUGUGGCUCACGGGGCGGCAACUUUUGCACGUCCUCCCUGAUUCUAGGAUUCACGCGGAUUUUCGCAGCUCCUCGUCGGGCGAGAGACCGCUGGCCUCUGCACUCAGGCCGUCAAGCCCUUACAUAGCUGAGCAGAGCGAGGGUGAGCGCCCAGCCUGGUCCCACCAUGGCAGCGAACUAUUCCAGUAUGACUAACAGGAGAGAACAUGUCAAAACGACGACCAACCCCCAGCCAGGCUUCUUGGAGCGGCUCAGCGAGACCUCGGGUGGGAUGUUUGUGGGGCUCAUGACCUUCCUGCUCUCCUUCUACUUAAUUUUCACCAAUGAGGGCCACGCACUGAAGACAGCAACCUCCCUGGCCGAGGGGCUCUCACUUGUAGUGUCCCCCAACAGCAUCCACAGCGUGGCCCCGGAGAAUGAGGGGCGGCUGGUGCACAUCAUUGGGGCCCUGCGGACGUCCAAGCUCUUGUCUGAUCCAAACUAUGGGGUCCACCUCCCGGCUGUGAAGCUGCGGCGGCACGUGGAGAUGUACCAGUGGGUGGAAACCGAGGAGUCCAGGGAGUACACUGAAGAUGGGCAGGUGAAGACAGAGACAAAGUACUCCUACAACACCGAAUGGAAGUCAGAAAUCGUCAACAGCAGAAACUUUGACCGAGAGAUUGGCCACAAGAAUCCCAGCGCGAUGGCGGUGGAGUCGUUCACGGCAACGGCCCCCUUCGUCCAGAUUGGCAGAUUCUUCCUCUCGGCAGGCCUCAUUGACAAAGUUGACAACUUCAAACCGCUGAGCCUGUCCAAGCUGGAGGACCCACAUGUGGACAUCAUUCGCCGGGGAGACUACUUCUACCAUAGCGAAAACCCCAAGUAUCCAGAGGUCGGAGACCUGCGCGUGUCCUUUUCCUACGCGGGGCUGAGCGGUGAUGACCCUGACCUGGGUCCAGCUCACGUGGUCACUGUGAUCGCCCGGCAGCGGGGUGACCAGCUACUCCCCUACUCCACCAAGUCUGGGGACACCUUGCUUCUCCUGCACCACGGGGACUUCUCAGCAGAGGAGGUGUUCCGUAGAGAACAAAAGAGCAACUCCAUGAAGACAUGGGGCCUGCGGGCCGCUGGCUGGAUGGCCAUGUUCAUGGGCCUCAACCUCAUGACCCGGAUCCUCUACACCCUGGUGGACUGGUUCCCUGUCUUCCGAGACCUGGUCAACAUCGGCCUGAAAGCCUUUGCCUUCUGCGUGGCCACCUCGUUGACCCUGCUGACCGUGGCGGCCGGCUGGCUCUUCUACCGGCCCCUGUGGGCCCUCUUCAUUGGCUCUCUGGCCCUGGUGCCCAUCAUCAUUGCUCGGACGCGGCUGCCAUCCAAAAAGCUGGAGUGAAUCAGGCCCCGGCACCCGCCCCACACCUGCAUGAUCCUCAGGAUCCAGCUCCUUCCCCCGCCCUCCCCUCCCCCCAGCCCCUCUUGACCUCGAGUCAGUUUGGGUUCUGCUCCUGCUCUGCUCCUCAAGGGGCCAGACUUGGCAGUGUGCAUGGAGGUCAGGUUUGGUGUUCACCGGGUCACGUCUUCCCCACCCUUUUGCUUGCCAGCGGGCGGCUGUGGAGCGCAGAAGGCAGCUCCUGUCUGGCAGUGUGACAGGCCUUCUCCUUGCUUCCUUCCCUUCUCUUGGGACCGCGUGUGGCCGGUUCACGUGUUUCGCUUAGCUGAAGUCUGCACACAGGGAGCUGGUGACACUCCGCACAGAACUGCUGCCUGGUCACUCACUGCCCCUCCUUCUUGGAGACAGGUGCCAGGGCUCUGCCCCAGCUGCCACCCACUCUGUGAGCCCCCGGGGCCAGCGUCCUCAGCUGUCCCUGAGCAGUGCUGAGCGCCAGGACGGACUAAGCGCGCACCCCCCCACACACGGGCGCCACACACCCAGCCUGGGCACAGAACCCGCCUUGGUGCUUAAAAAAGACCACCACUGAGGUCACUGGGAGCAAAAUUGGACAUUUGGUGGGCCUAACAUGGAUUUUAUGGUUUGGCAAGAACUUGUUCGUGUGUAGGACUUCCAAAGGUCCCGUCGGCUAUGUUUGCCUUUGUUACACUUCAUGGGUAAGCUACCCGAAGAAAUUUAAAAUCUUUAAAUUUCAAGAUUUAAAGAAACAAAGCACUGCUUGAAUGAUGAGCAAAUCAGACUGUUACAGAAAAACUCCCUGUAAUCUGUCCGUUGAAGUUAAUUCAGGCACAGGAAGGUAUUACACCAGGGUGUGACGUGCUGGCUUAAAAAAAGUUACCUCUGGCAGUACUCGGGGCCAGUGGGAGGCCUGAAGAUGCUUCUGAAGCCAGUGUCAGCCAAGGGAUUCCACUCUGGGAGGAGAUGGGAUUUGUACAAGGUGGAGAAAGGCAUUUCCUUUCAUCCUUUGGCUUCAGAAACUACCGAUUUCCUUGAAGAUGAAUUUUGAGUUUUUAGUCAACCUUUAAGGAAGAGGCUGGAAGCUUUCUGAUCCUAAGUGGGCUCCCUCAGAGUGACCCCCAUCAAUCUGAAUCAGGAGCCGGAGGCCUGACCUGAGGCUUGUGCAGCUCUCGGGCCUCAUUCCUUUCGUGGAGGGGUGUGGGGUGGGGGCUUUUGGGUUAGCCGCUGGGCCCCGGCACCUGCCUCUGAGUGACUCCUGUCACGUCCGCGUCUGCAGCUUCACUCCUACGUACAGUCUACCUGCACUUCACCCCGUCCCCUCUCACCCCCACUGAAAGAGCAAGUAUGUUGUCACUUUGAUGGUUUAAAAGAUCUUUCCUGUACCCUUUAUCUUUUUAUGACUUGGACUUGUUCUGCCUGGCUGGGAGCAGCUACUUUCGCAAAUUAGUCAGUGGCUGAGUAAGUGAUCGGAACUCCUGAAACUAGCAGCCUGACAAUCUCUCGUUAGCCUGCGAGGUCUGUGGUGUGGCUUGAGAUUCUUCACACCGACAACAGCCGGCCCCAGAGAUGACUUCUCUGGACUUAAGAACUGAAAUAGUAUUCACUCCUGCAGUUGUCACUGAAUCUCUCAACUCUUAAAGGAUGCUUCUGGAAAUAAAUACAACUAGGUGGUAGCUACAUACAAAAUCUGUGGGAUUUGGUUUGUGUAACUUUUCCUAGUACAGAUUUUAAAUUACUACGAAUUUCAAUAGUGUUUUUAAAGGGCAAAAGAAUGUUAAGAAAUAUUUGAAGUCUUUGGGAAACCAUGAAAUUUGUAUUAUCUUUGUAUUUUUUGAAAAAAUUCAAAAUAAAUUUCGAAAUAGCUUUUACAGGACCUUGCCGUUACUCUUUUUUUUUGAAAUUUCUAUCUUAAACAAUCAGCCGUAGUAUUAAGAACUGUAUGGAUUUUUAGAAUUCAGUUCUUAAGUAGCUUUUAGUGGUUAAAAUAGGUUUCAAUUUUUCUUAAAAGGGCAACUCGGUAUUUUUAGCACUUAGAAGCCUUAUCUACCAAAGCCCACUUAGUUUUGGAUUGAUUUAAAGGACUCAAACGUCCCCCAACUUCAGAAUGCGUCAGAGGAGGUGGCUGGAGCCACAGUGGGACAUCGUGUGACACCCUCCCCCAGCCCGGGCCUUAGGUUGGCACAGACCCGAGUUCCAGCGCCCAGCCUACCACGUCCUGGCUGUGUGACCGUGGCGAGUCUGCGAUCUCUGGGUCUCAGCUUCCUCAUCGUGAAAAUGGCAGUGAAAAUGGCUUUUGUCCCUACAGCGCCGCGGCAGGGACUUGAUGAGCUCAAGCCCACGAAAUGCCUGAUGGACGACCCAGCAGCUUUUCCCUUUUACCUCCUGUUCGGAAGCAAUAGGCAGCUGCUGAGGGGCCACUCUGGAGCUGACAAUUUGUGUACUUUUUGUGACAAGGUUUGAAGCAGGUGAUUUCCCAAAACCUGCUCUUCCUUCUCAGACCUGAGGUUCUGUUCCAUCACGCCUCCAAUGAGCUGAUAUCUGCCCGAAGAACAAGUUGCUGACUUCCAGGACAGAGUGUGCUCUGGCGCCGGAAGCGCGAGGCCCUGCAGUUUCCAUGGCGACCCCGGUUGUUUCUCCACACCAGCCUCCCAGCCAAGCUCUCGCUGCCGAUGAGUCACACCCCAAGUGUUCUGUUUGUUUCCCUUGGAGAGAACUGGCUCAGAGUUUUAAUGGCUCCCGUCAAAGGUUAAGAAACAGCUCUCCUCGCUUAAACAUAGAAAAAUUUCCACGUGUGGAAUGAGGAGUUCCCGGUCUACCGGAGACCCAAACCUGGUCUUUAGUCUCAACACGCGCACAAAUCACUCAGUCAUGCAGGUGUUCUUAGCUGACCAUAAAUCUGGAAGAAAAGGCAGAGCUGAGUCUUUUUAGAUAAAUGUUUUAUUUCUUCCUCAAAAUGUUACAAAAGUUAUUUCUCCUGAAUUAUCUACAAUGCAUAGAGCUUUUAUAAACUUAUCCAUAAUGAAUAAAAUCUAGCCGAACACUGA